UUGGGGGUGGCAGCUGGCGGGACGCGGCAGCUCCGUUGAACCCUGGCUACAAACACGGGGAAACGACAACGAUCCGAAGUUCCGAAGUUUCUUUCUUUCUUAUUUUGCGUUGGUUCGCGACGUUGCUCAGUUGAAGCAAGAAACGCACGCGUCGAUUGUAGGUCGGACAUCCGCGGUGGGUCGAUGAACGCACGUGCGUGGUGUGUGUGGCGCGUCUGAGGCAGGCGCGUGUCGGGCUGGCCAACGUUAGCCGACCCGCCAGGUCUAGGGGGUUAAAGUGACUUUGGUUUAGCCUCGUCCGAACUCUCUACACUCGCGGGUUUAAGUGCGUGUCCUUGGCGUCCACGAGGAAUGUCAUCGUCGCCUGACAGUCAUCAUGAAGCCUCAACAGGUAGCGACUCCGAGGAGCCGCAGGUCAGACUCCCUCUCAACCAGUUCUAUCCCUACAUCAAAUGUGCCCUGUGCUGUGGCUUCCUCAUCGACGCCACCACCAUCACCGAAUGCCUUCAUACAUUUUGCAAGUGUUGCAUUGUGAAGCACUUUUUCUACAGCAACAGGUGUCCAACAUGCAACAUCAUCGUCCAUCAGACACAACCCCUGUACAACAUCAGGCCUGACCGACAACUGCAGGAUAUAGUUUACAAGAUGGUUCCCUCCCUGGAGGACUUGGAAAGGGAACGGAUGGUGAAGUUCUACAAAGAGCGAGGUCUGGAAGUGCCAAAAACACCAGCACUGUCCCCUCCCACUCCUGUCCCUGCCAAGAGGCAGAAGAAGGACGCUCCUCGCCACCAGGUCUUCAGCAUACCUCCAGAACUGGACGUGUCCCUGCUGCUGGAGUUCGUCGGGGCUGAGAAGGGGAUCGACGACUACAAGCCCCUGGAGAGGCGCUACGUGCGCGUGUCAGGCGAAGCCACCAUCCGCCAUGUGGAGCUUUUCAUCAGGAGGAAGAUGGGCCUGAGCUCUUCCUGCCAGGUGGAUGUGGUUUGUGGAGAUCAACUACUGGAGCACUGUCAGUCUCUCAAUGAUGUUCAGAAGGUGGUCGGCGCAGACGGCGUGCAGGACGGUCUGCUGGUGCUGCACUUCGGCCUGGUGCUGCCGUCCUAGACUCUCCAACCACACGCAGCCUCUGUAAGCUCACCACUGAUCAGGUGAUUGUCUGGUUCCACGUCUGUGUGGAACUUCCUUCGGUGCAAUAGUCAUCUGAUUUCUGGUUCAGUCACAUGACCAAACAAACUCAUCAUGCUUAUUUAACAAACUCAAGGGAUUUUUUGUGUCAAUGUCAUUAGGUAACUGGAAAUGAUCUUCCAUAGUGUAGCGUGGUGCGACUAGUCAAGCUUCAUUUAAAGCUGCCGGACUUUUGUAUUUUACUGAUGAACAACGCUUCCCGCUUUAGGUUUUGUUACAGAGACGGCAUUUUAAGCUUUUGUACGUUGAUUACUUUUAAUAAAUAUUUGUUUCAUGUGAAGCACUGGAUUUGAAAAUGUCGCCGCUUCUCUUUAUCCACGUCAUGGUGGACACUUGAAUGGUGGUAACUAGUGAUGCCAGACGAGGCUUCAUGAAACCUGGUGGCGCCGUCUGCUGUAUAAUGCAAUUGAACAACUAAGUCAAUGAAACCUCACAUCAUUUCAAAGGCAAGAGCGCCAUCUUAUGGCCUCUGAACAUUGGGACACUGUUUCAUGAAGCCUCAUCUACCCAUCACUAGUGGUAAAUUCCUGCUGCUCUGAGCCAAUACUAUUAAAGAUCGGUGUCUCAAAACUACGUUGGGAGAAGAACUUGGUCUGUGGGGCCAAAUAUGAAAUUGAAGUACCAGGUUUAAUAAAGAGUAUUCACACACUCGGACCCUUCUUUUGGGCCCCUCUGUGGUUGUAGUGGGAGCCACAAGUCUGUUCUCUGUACGCUCUCAUUGACGACUGUUAUCCGUCGCUGUCUCAGUGGAGGGAACCUUCCUCAGGACUCACCUGCAGUCUGCUGAUGUCUUGGAUCAUUUUGGUUUGUUGUCUUGAAAAUGAAAGCAAGAAAGUCAACUGUCUUUUGAUACUUGUCUUUAUUUCACAGAACGAUCAUGGGUAGAGUUUGUUUCUCACCAUUGCUAAGUCAAUGUCACCCUCUGGUUACACUUUAUAUGAAGU